UUAAUCGUAAUAUCCUCCCACGAUGCAAUCCGCCACCGCAACACCCCCUGAGCUCUACCACGUAUCCCUCAACCCAUCCCGUCCCUCCACAAUCAUCUUCAUCCACGGCCUAGGCUCCAUGCACGCAGAAUGGAAGGACGUCACCCCCCACCUCACCGCCUACCACAUCCUCAUACCCGACAUAAACGGCCACGGCAAAUCCUCCCAUAUAAGCCCCUACACCAUCCCCGCCGCCGCAGACGCCGUCGCCCGACUGAUCCGCACGCACGCACACGGCAGCACAGCACACGUCGUCGGCCUCUCAAUGGGCGGCUUCAUCACCCUCGACCUCACUCGCCGAUAUCCCGAGCUCGUCCAGAGCGCGUUCAUCUCGGGCGCCGCACCCCCCGAAGGCCCGCGCAGGUUCUUCUUUGCCCGUCCGCGCAUCACCUGGGCGCUCGACGCUCUGCAGCUCGCCCUGCCGGAGGCGGUGUACCGGUGGUCGGCGCGGAAACAGGGGCUGCUCCCGCACGAGGAGCUGUAUGCGCAUGCGCAGGCGAAUCGGCGGUGGGAGGUGUGGCGGGAUGUGUUUCUGAGUAUCUGCGAUGAUGUGACGUGGGAUGAUGUGCGGGCGGUCCGUGUGCGGACGCUGCUUGUUGCGGGCGGGAAGAUGGAUGAUGUUGCUGGGAUUAGGAGAGUGGGCCGGGCGUUGAGGGAGGCUGGGGCUGGGGAGAGUGGUGCGUAUGUGGUUGAGAAGGCUGGGCAUGCGUGGGAUUUGCAGUUUCCGGAUCUGUUUGCGCAGGCGGUGGGUUCUUGGAUUGAGGGCAGGAUGUUGCCAGAGGAAUUCGAGGCAUUGUGAUGCAGAAUCAGUUGUGAUGCGAGACUGGGCGAAAGCAGCUAUAACGU